UGGCCGGAAGGUCUAGGGUGGAUGAUUGAGUACUAGCCGAGAUGGCGGCGGCUGCAGCGAUUCGUGGAGUCAGAGGCAAACUGGGCCUUCGUGAAAUUCGUAUCCAUUUGUGCCAGCGCUCGCCCGGCAGCCAGGGCGUCAGGGACUUCAUUGAGAAACGCUAUGUGGAGCUGAAGAAAGCGAAUCCCGACCUGCCCAUCCUAAUCCGCGAGUGCUCCGAUGUGCAGCCCAAGCUCUGGGCCCGCUACGCAUUUGGCCAAGAGAAGAAUGUCUCUCUGAACAACUUCAGUGCUGAUCAGGUAACUAGAGCCCUGGAGAAUGUGCUAAGUAGCAAAGCCUGAAGUCUCCACUGUGGAUUAAAAACAACAGCCCCAGAGUCUGGGCUCUGCUGGACUAAGUACAAUGUGGAGAAAUGUAUUCUGUUCUGUAUAAAGAUUGUGCUGAAAA